AUGACAUCAUUCUCUUCAUCAAAAACUCAUUGCACUUCAAAUGAUUGUAAGAGUGUAGGUAUUUUGAAAUGUGAAGGUUGUUCACAUAUAUUUUGUCGAAAACAUGUUAAUGAACAUCGAGAUCUUCUUAAUCAUCAAUUGGAUGAAAUUGUUCUGGACUAUGAUGCUCUACAUCAAACGAUUAUAGAAGAGGAAAACAAAGAAAAAAAUUAUGAUAAUCUUCUAAAGCAAAUUGACAAAUGGGAACAAGAAUCUAUAAUGAAAAUUCAACAAACAGCAAAUGAAGCACGACAACAAAUUGAAAUAUUAUUUACUUCACAAAAGGAAACGAUAUCGAAAGAAUUGUAUAAUCUCGCUGAAGAAUUACGAAAUGCUCGAAUAGAUGAUGAUUUUGUUGAAACAGAUCUUCAUAAAUGGACAACUAUGUUAGAAAAACUUCAACAUAAUGUUAAUAAUUUUAGUCCCUUGAUAACUAUUAGUGAAGAUUCAACAAAAUUACUUGUAGCCAAACUAUUCGUUUCUUCAACUAGACAACAAGAUUUAGAAAACUAUGAACAAUUUGGAAUAUCCUUUGGUAAUGUUUGUAUUGCAGAGAAUGGUUAUCUGGCUUAUCACAGUGGUCCUAGAAGAGAGAAUGCAUUUGUAUGUGGAAUGAAGGAAUAUUCAUCAGGCAAAUAUAGUAUUCGAUUUGUUAUGAAUAAGAAAGAUCCAGAAUAUAUUAUGUCAUUUAAUAUUAUCUCAAAAUCUAUAUCUAUACUCAACAAAAAAUUUCAUAUAGUUAAAUCAAGUUAUGGGUGGUACACUGACGAUGGCAUUUGUUGUUACGAUGUUGAUAUGCCUUCCUAUAAACUUCGCCAUGAUAUGGAUGGUGAAACUACAUUUGAAAUCGAACUCUUGAUUGAUUGUGAUAAUCGAAAAAUAAGUUAUUUCAAUGAACGAACAAAAAAUAGACGAGAAAUGAAUGUUGAUAUUGCAAUAUGUCCAUUUCCUUGGCAAUUAGUUUUUAAUCUAUAUGAUGUUGAAGAUUCUGUCCGACUUUUAUCUUCAAUAAAACUAAUUUGA